AUGUCAGCUCCAAAACUUCUUCUUGGUCCACCCAAACCAUCAAACACCACCACCAACACCGCAACUAAACCUCCGAUGGGUCGCACCGAGAAAUCCUCCGCCACCUACCUCUCCUCCGGCAACCCUUGCCUCGACCUCUUCUUCCACAUCGUACCCGACACCCCCUCCUCUUACAUCAACGAACAACUCCCAAAGUCAUGGGCUCACAACGCCCUAACUACCCUCAAGCUCAUCUGCAACCUCCGUGGCGUCCGCGGCACCGGAAAGUCUGACAAAGAAGACUUCUUCACGGCAGCUUUUUGGCUCCACAACAACCACCCAAAAACCCUAGCCUGCAACCUCGCCUCUUUCGCCUCUUUCGGGUGCUUCAAAGACCUCCCCGAGAUUCUCUUCCGCCUUAUGGAAGGCCAAGACAUAAGAAAGAACCGUAAGGCCGAGUCACAUUCUAGGUCAAGAUCAAAAACAGCAUCUAGGCGAGCGUUUAAGUCGAGAACCAACAAAGGGAAGAGGAUGAGGUAUAGCAGCCGGCAGGAGCCUAGGGAGGAGAGAGUGGUGAAAGCGACGGAGAAGGCAAAGUCGGAAAAGGAAAAGGCGAGCGUCUUGAGAAAACAAAAGUUCGCCGACAUGGCAAACAAGGCCAUCUCGAGAUACGAGCGUGACCCGGACUACCGGUUCCUGCAUGAAAAGGUUUCCGAUCUCUUUGCAACUUGCUUGAAAUCCGACCUCGAAAGUCUCAAGUCUAAUGAGCGCAAAAACAUCAGCCUCGCCGCCAAGUGGUGCCCUUCGCUCGACUCGUCUUUCGACCGCGCCACUCUCCUCUGUGAAACGAUUGCAAAGAAGGUUUUCCCGCGGGAGUUGUUUCACGAGUACGACGGCGUUUUGGAGGAGCAUUACAGGUACAGAGUGAGGGACCGGCUGAGGAAGGAAGUGCUGGUUCCGUUGAGGAAGGCUCUGGAGUUACCAGAGGUUUAUAUGGGGGCACAAAAAUGGAGGUCCCUUCCUUACAAUAGGGUCCCCUCUGUGGCCAUGAAGCUUUACAAGGAUACGUUUUUUAAGUACGACAUUGUGAGGUUUUCGAAGUACUUGGUUGAUGCAAAGGCAGGGAAGACCACCAUUGCGGCCGGGGCGCUGCUGCCGCAUGAGAUCAUUGCCUCAAAUGCAAAUGGCAGUGACGGCGUGGCGGAGCUUCAGUGGAAGAGGCUGGUGGAGGAUAUGGUGAAGAAGGGCAAGAUGAAGAACUGCUUGGCUGUGUGUGACGUGUCAGGGAGCAUGGGAGGGCUUCCUAUGGAUGUGAGUGUGGCUUUGGGGCUUUUGGUUUCUGAACUGAGCGAGAAACCGUGGAAAGGGAAGGUUAUCACGUUUAGUGAGAAGCCAGAGCUGCAUUUUAUCAAAGGGGAAGAUUUGGGGUCGAAGUGUAAGUUUAUGAGGGAUAUGAAGGCGGGGUUCAAUACCGAUUUUCAGAAGGUGUUUGAUUUGAUACUUAGAGUAGCUGUGAAGGGGAACUUGAAACCGGAUGAGAUGAUAAAGAGGGUGUUUGUGUUUAGUGACAUGGAGUUCGAUGAGGCUAAUCCGGAGAGUACGUGGGAGACGGAUUAUGAGGCGAUUCAGAGGAAGUUCAAGAGGAAGGGCUAUGGGGAUGUGGUGCCUCAGAUUGUUUUUUGGAAUCUGAGGCACUCAGAGUCUACUCCGGUAACGGAGAAGCAACCUGGGGUGGCCAUGUUGAGUGGCUUUUCAAAGAAUUUGUUGAAGUUGUUCUUGAAUAAUGAUGGGGAAGUUAACCCCAACAUGGCCAUGGAGUUGGCCAUCUCUGGCGAUGAGUAUCAGAAGCUAGCUGUGGUGGACUGA